AUGAGCAAGCCAAAGACAGCAGUUCCAAGUCUCUCUCCAAGUAAGGAGAUUAUGGAAUUGAAAUCACUAAAGCGCCAGCGAACUGUUGCGAAAAAUAGUAUAGUGCGCAUAAAAACGGGUCUCCUCGAUAAAACAAUGUCGUUAGAUCCAAUUGAAUUGGAGUGUCGACUGGACAUUUCGAACUCUCAUAGCGAUAAGCUUAUGAAGUGUCAGUCGAAAAUUGAAGAUAUCGACGAGGAAGACAUAGCCCGUGGGGAGUUAGAGGACCUAAUAGUGGAAACUAAGUCCGUUAUAAAAUCUAUUCUGGCGAGAAAUAAAUCGUCAAUAGCCGAAACAUCCUUUGUUGCACCUCACAGCUCGCGACUACCGAAAAUGUCGCUACCGAAAUUUAAAGGGGAAUAUUCAGAAUUUAAAAAUUUUGUGAGUCUGUUCGAGAGUUUGGUGCACAACGAUCCUACAAUCCCAGACAUUGAGAAAUUUAAUCACUUGGUUAACUGUCUGUCUGGUGAAGCUUUGGGAACGGUAAAGGCCUUCCAAAUGUCGGACGAAAAUUAUUCGAAGGCGUUGGCUAGUCUCAAAAAGCCAUCUGCGCUUUCAUUGCGCACAAUGAUUGAUACAGUGUCGGCUGUUUACGACUCGUUGCUGUCGUUAGGUGAUGAGAAAAACAUCACAAACGCUAUCAUAAUUCAUCUGGUAAUGUCAAAAGUCGACACCGUUACUCGGUCAAAGUGGGAGGAACAGUUGGAUUAUGAUAAGCUGCCAUUAUGGCGUGAGUGUGAGGCAGCAUUAAAUAAACGCUACCAACAUUUAUCUGCCGAUGAAGCCUCAACGUCGAGGCUCAAGCCGUCAAGCAGUCACAGCAUUCAGAAACCCCACCUUCAUGCGGGAAGGACGAAAGCUGCCUUAGUGACUUCAAAUAUAAAACAGCCGGUGUGUCCGCACUGUAAAUCAAAUGAUCAUAGUAUACCCGCGUGUCCUACUUUUAAAACUCUCUCUGCUCAGCAGCGAUUUGAGUUUGCUAAAUCAGUCCCCUUAUGCAUAAAUUGUUUGCGAAAGGGGCACUCAGUUUCAAAGUGCAAAGCGGAUCGGUGUCGUGUUUGCAACCGUUCGCAUCACACGUUGCUGCACCAGUACCCUGUAUCCUUUGCAACUGCACCACAACUUUCGACCUCGCAUGGCAUGCACACGACGAGUACACCAGAUCGGGUUAUGUUGGGUACAGCCGUAGUCAACGUAAAAGGUAGCUCCGGAGAGUACCUUCCUGCACGAGUCUUGCUGGAUUCUGGAUCUCAGGUGAAUUUCAUGACAGAGGAUUUGGCGCAGAAAUUACGAAUUCGUCGCGAAAGUACGACCUUAAAUAUUAUCGGCAUCGGAAAUGCAACCAAAAAAGUAAGGACGAAAUUAAAUACGUUUGUAAAAUCGCGGGUCAAUAAUUAUGAGUUUUCGGCACAGUUUUGGAUAAUGCGAUCCAUUUCAGCCAGCCAUCCAGAUCGCAACGUAAAUAUUAAUGGCUGGAAAAUUCCUAAUAACAUUAGCUUAGCGGACCCAGAAUUUUAUAAGGCUCAAAAGGUAGAUCUUUUGUUAGGUGCUGAAACAUUUUUCGAGCUUUUAGCUGUAGGCCAGAUCAAGGCCAGCCCCAAUCACCCAACAUUGCAAAAGACACUUUUAGGCUGGGUUGUGUCUGGCAAAUACGCCUCCAACCAACGUCCUCCUCCCACAGUCAGUAGCACAUCAUGCCAUACUGAACAAGAUCUAGCAAAUAUAGAUUCCAUUGUCCAAAGGUUCUGGGCGAUGGAAGAAAUACCUUCAGGAGCUAGUUCGACAAAAUUCACAACUGAACAAAUAGAGUGUGAAACAUUUUUCGUAAAAACUACUAAAGUUUUGCCUUCAGGAAGGCUUCAAGUAAGACUGCCUUUCAAAGAUGACCGUAAGUUACUCGGUAAUUCCUAUGAAACCGCGUCUCGGCGGUUUUAG